GACAUUUUAAUUAUUUAAGAUAUGAACAGACGACUUGUGCAAAUGUUUAGCAAAUAAUUCAGCUAAGUACCAAAAUACUUUGUAUCAAACGAACAACCCAUUUUAUUAAGAAAUGAGAAAUCAGGGUAUUAUGUGAAUCCAGAAGCUGUUGCUCGUCGAAUGAUAAAAGUGAUAAGUUUACAUGAUGAUGUAAAGAAUCCCUCUGCAAUAACACUUUAAUCUACAUGGACUGAUAUAGGUUUGUCAGAUAUGGCAUACGUAGAAGUAAUUAGACAUAUAAUAUAUACGAUAGGUAAUGGUAGAAGUGGAAAGAGAAUUUGAAAUUGAAUUUCCAGAUGCAGAUGUAGAAUGUUUUAGAACUGUCAAUGAUGCUGUAGAGUAUGUGGCAAGAAGCUUCUUUGCAAUUUGAUUUAAGCACAUAAAUAAAAUAAAACACAAUGCU